AUGUCACACGCCGGUUCAUACGAUUCUUCUCUCUCUCAAUCCGUCAUGACCGAGGACGAAGAGGACUGGGAGGACUACGUCAAAGGCGGGUACCAUCCCGUCCACAUCGGUGACGCUUUUUCCGACGACCGCUAUGUCGUCGUCCGCAAACUGGGCUGGGGUCAUUUCUCCACUGUAUGGCUCGCAAAGGAUACAAAAAUGAACCGACAUGUCGCCCUCAAAGUCGUUAAAUCUGCCCCCCGCUAUACGGAGACGGCCCUCGAUGAGAUCAAACUACUCCAACGGCUCAUCACCUCCUCCACCCCACCUGUCCAGCCUACGCCAGAACACCCACACCCACAGGCCUCACCAUCUCAGACUCAUCCUGGCCGUUCUCAUGUCAUAUCCUUCCUCGAUCAUUUUCGUCACAAGGGUCCCAAUGGCACUCACGUCUGCAUGGUUUUUGAGGUGUUGGGGGAGAAUUUACUCGGCCUGAUCAAGCGAUAUCAAGGGAAAGGUGUGCCCAUCCAUAUGACCAAGCAGAUUGCCAAACAGAUUCUGCUCGGCCUUGACUACAUGCAUCGCUGCUGCGGCGUCAUUCACACUGACUUGAAGCCCGAGAACGUCCUGAUCUGCAUUGACGACGUCGAAUCCAUUAUUGAAGCGGAGCUCGCAGCCCAAAAUGCAUCCGCGACGCCUCCCCCAACACGCCUCGUCGGCGUGCCCCCGUCUCGCGGGCGAGGCGGGAACCAGACCCCACGCUCGGAAUCCGUCUUCAUCACUGGCUCGCAGCCGCUCCCAUCCCCGUCUUCGUCGUUCGGAUCAAGCUCUCACCUCGAUCGCUGGGCGUUUGGAAUGAGUAGGAUCGACGGUGAGGGCGCCCCGAGCGGGCCCGCGUCGGUGGGCAGUGCCGACGCAGCGAAGGAGCGCCGCGCGGACUCGACAGAACAGACAGCCGAGCGCAUGUCCGGCGUCACGCUCGACACGUCGCCGUUUGGCGAGAGGACGCGGCCCGAGAAGGGCAAAGCCUCCGCGGGCCCGUCGCUCCUCUCCCAGCAGGUCCUCUCGCACGCCGGUCCGUCUGCGGGACCCUCAGGUACACAGCCAUCACCACCGCCGUACACGUCCGAGCCGAGCAGCUUUCAGGAGCACUCGGCAGUACCGCCCAUGGGAUCGAGUGCGGCGUCUGUCGACAUGGUGCCCGUUGAGGCGAUGGAAAAGAUCACUGUGAAGAUCGCGGAUUUGGGUAACGCGACGUGGGUUGAACAUCAUUUCACGGACGAUAUCCAAACGCGGCAGUACCGCUGUCCAGAAGUACUCCUGGGCGCGAAGUGGGGCACGAGUGCGGACAUUUGGAGUGUUGCCUGUGUGAUCUUCGAGAUGCUAACUGGCGGGGAUUAUCUUUUUGAUCCUGCAUCGGGUUCGCGGUACAGCAAGGACGAUGAUCAUAUAGCGCAAAUCAUGGAGCUGAUGGGCGAGUUCCCGAAGAGCAUCGCGUUCUCUGGCAGAUAUAGCUCAGAUUUCUUCAAUCGCAAAGGAGAGCUGCGACACAUUCAGAAACUCCGAUUUUGGCCCUUAGAUGCGGUGCUUCACGAUAAGUAUCUGCUCCCGAAAGAGGAAGCAGAUAUGGUCGCAUCGUUCCUCAUUCCCAUGCUCCGACUUCACCCCGACAAGCGCGCUCCUGCGAGCGAGCUCAUCCAUCAUAGAUGGAUAGACGGCGUCGUCGUGCAGGGCGAGGUCGAUGUGCUCCGGCGUUCGGAGGAAGAGCGACGCCGCCAACAGGCGACGAUAGCAGGCACCUCUACGGUUCAGGAGCACUCGGUGCAGGGCGAGGACGAGGAUGCGAUGAAGCCCGUGUAUGUGGACGAGGCGCAGAGUCCACGGAGCCUCACGCUGGGCAGCGACCUCGACCGCGUGGUGCCCGUGCCGAAGCUUUCGACGCCUGUCCCGUCGACGGUCGAUGCGAAGGAGAACGCGCACUCGAAGAUGGCGAGCGCGGGCGUGCCCACGCUGCAUGCGCUCCCAGCGAACGGCAAGCCCCCGGGGGGAAAGAAGCUGUGA